GCAAACAUUGCAGAUACAAGUUGUUUGCGCUUGCAUCCAUGCUCGAUUUCCUGAUAUUCAGUACGACCAUAACAUAAGUAAAAGGUGCACGCACGCGCUUAGAUUGUCCACUUUUGUCACAUACACAUAUAUUUAUUUAUAUACAUUCACAAACCUAUACGUACACUUCGCUUUCUUAUUUAUUAAACAGCGCUGGAUUUAAUACUACAUACACAUAUUAAAAUCAACUCGUCAAUAUUAAAAUGUUUGAACAUUUUACUUGUGUUAUUUAAAAAAGCCGAAUAUAUGCAAAACAACAAAAAUAAAUAAAAUUUCAAUAGUGCAUUAAAACUAAAAUUUAGUUAUAUGGACUAAAUGUUAAAAUAUAAAUGCAAAACAUUAAUGUAAAGCAACGAUUAAACCACAAUCAAAUUUAUCCGCAAUCCAAAAGGAGACUAUCCGCCGGCAAAACGUUUAUGUUCAUACAUACUUACAUAUAAGUACAUAUAAUCAUUACAUAUCACAAGUGCGAUGUCAAUCAUUUUCAUUUAUUUUAAAUAAUUAAAUGGUACAUGUGCAUGAAGAUGUACUUACGUAUGCCACUGCCUGAUUGCCGAAAUUGUGAAAAAAAUACAAAAUGAUGUGUAAUAUCUCUGUUAGAAGCUAACGGAUUUUGAAGUGAAGUUAUAGAAUAUAUGUAUGUACGUGUACGAGUACAAAAAAGGACAAAUAUAGAUGAAAUUAUAUGAUCAACUCGAUAAGCAUUCAUAAUCAUCAUUAAAUAUCACGGAAACAUUCCUUCACAUAGCAGCAUAUAAAUUUACAAAACAAUUAGUCGCAUGACUUCAUUAAAAAGGGAUGGAUGCUUAUACAUUACCAACAUACUUUCCAUUGGCUACCUAUUCAGAUCUACAAUUUCUGGCUUCGCGACGGGUAGCUGCAGUGGCCGCUGCAGCAACUGUGCUGCCCCCGCCUCCGCCACUACCGACCUCAGUUGUGACUGCUACGAACUCCACAAACGUCAAUUGCACCAGCGGUUGCAAUGGCAAUCCAAAUAGUGGUGCGGAUGAGUGCAAUCCUGCCGAGAGCCGCAACGUGCAAAUGUCUCUGGACGUCACGAGCAUGGCUGCUGCUGCACACCAUCACUCCCUCCCACAUCAUAACACUCACGGUGCUGUACCACGCCCUACAGGCCAACCACACGAUUUCCAUCCAGCCUACAGAAUUCCAAGCUACAUGGAACACUUGUACUCACUCCAACGUACCAGUCCUACUGCAUCUUUUCAUGAUCCAUAUACAGGCUGUCCUUCAACAUUUCAUUUAACAGGCCUGACCCUCAACUCUGGUGAUUAUUUAGGUGCUCGUGCUGUUAGCUCCCUGGGUGAUCUACAUCCAGCAACGGCGGCAGCUGCAGCAGUAGCUGCCAAUUCUUUAACAAGUACUGACUUUCAUUUUAGCGUCGAUGGAUCCCGGAUGAAUAGUUCACGAGCGGGAAGUUUACGAGCCAGCAUUAGUCGGAAACGUGCUCUUUCCUCCUCGCCAUAUUCGGAUUCCUUCGAUAUAAAUUCAAUGAUUCGAUUCUCGCCAAACUCAUUGGCCACAAUUAUGAAUGGCUCGCGCUCCAGCAGUGCCGCUAGUGGAUCGUACGGUCACUUAUCAGCUGGUACUAUUAGUCCAGUUCCUCAUUUGCAACAGCUACAAGCCCAUUUACUACGCGCGAGUGCUGGUCUACUUCAUCCUAUGCCAUCACAUCAAGCUGCAGCUGCCAGUAUGUUUGCUAUGGGACAUAUACACCCACUGCAAUCAGCAGCAGCUGCAGCAGCCGCUGUCGCAGCAACAGUUGCAAACAAUGGUGUUGGUAGCACAAGCAACUCUGGAAGAAUGUCACAAAUCCAAAAAAAUAAUGUUAGUGACAUAGUAAAUACGACAAAUCCAAGCACCAUCUCAAACGAACACAUAUUAAAUAGAAAAAAACAUUAUGAAGACGUGGCAUUAAACAAUAAAACUAAGCCUGAGCUGCCGACUUCAACAUCAAGUGGCGUAGCACAAGUUGAAGCGGAUAGUGCGACAUCAAAUGCACUCCUGCGUCGGAGCAAAAUCAUCAAGAGUCCACUGGCACCCUGCUCUAAUAAUGUUCAGUGUAAUACAACAACGACAACAACGCCACACAGCGACUAUGAGUGCCCCAUUGUCGACACUACCGACAUAAAAGACGAACCAGGUGAUUUUAUAGAAACCAACUGUCAUUGGCGUGAUUGUGGUAUAGAGUUCGUGACGCAGGAAGAGUUAGUUAAACAUAUUAACAAUGAUCACAUACAGACCAAUAAAAAAGCGUUCGUAUGCCGAUGGAUUGAAUGUUCUCGUGGAGAAAAGCCUUUUAAAGCCCAAUAUAUGUUAGUUGUACAUAUGCGGCGCCACACUGGGGAAAAGCCGCAUAAAUGUACGUUCGAGGGUUGCUGCAAGGCAUAUUCCCGUCUUGAGAAUUUAAAAACCCAUUUACGUUCACAUACAGGCGAGAAGCCUUAUACCUGUGAGUACCCUGGUUGCAGUAAAGCCUUUAGCAAUGCAAGUGAUCGCGCUAAGCACCAAAAUCGCACGCACAGCAAUGAGAAACCAUAUAUAUGUAAAGCGCCAGGAUGUACCAAACGCUAUACCGACCCUAGUUCUUUACGUAAACACGUGAAAACAGUGCAUGGUGCCGACUUUUAUGCAAGCAAAAAACACAAGGGGUCUUCCAACGAAGAUGAUAAUGGUGGUGUAGAUGGGCAUGGUAUUACCAGCAGUGUGCUUGGUUCAAAUGGUUUAAAAUCUUCGUUACAUACGCAUCUUCAUAACCAAAAUCAUCCUCAAAUUGAUUCAAGCCCUCGUAGUGAUGACAUGCACUCGGGCAAAACAAACAGCAUUUCCAGUCCAAGCAUCAAAUCGGAAUCUGAUGCUAAUUCACCAGAUCACAGCCCCAAUGGGACGGAGGGAAAUCAGCUAUUGGUACAGAAGUCACAAUUACGAUCGACCGGUAAUAUUCAUGACAACGAAAAUUCUGCUUCAGGAUCUGGUUUUAUAGCUGACGAAUUUCAAUUGAGCUCUGUAGCUCCGCUUGAUGAGGGUUGGGAGUAUGACGAAGAUUUGGAAGUUGAGGACUUGCCAUAUGUUUUGCGCGCUAUGGUAAGCAUUGGUAGUGCGGUCAAUACCGGAAAUGGUGGCUGCGGAAAUAUAAGUAGUGCGAUGGGAGGCGGUGGUGGUGCAAGCGGAGUUCUUGGUGGAACUCUGUCGCGGCAGCGUCUUCGGAGUCGAUUACAGUCAAAAGGUAUAAAUUUGGGUUCAGUGAUGUUAUCAAACAUUCCUGAAGUACGUCGAAAUGUUGGCAUAGGAAUUGGUGAAUUAAAUCAAAGGAUAAAUAAUUUAAAAAUGGAGCCAACCACUUCUCCCAUGUCGGCGCCGAGCACAGAUUACAUGUCGAAAAUGACAGGAAGUCAUACAACUGAGCUUCAGACCCGUUUACAACAACAACAAUUAAGACGUGAUAGUCAAAAUUCCAAUGCUAGCACUUACUAUUGCAGUAUGCAGAGUAGGCGAAGUAGCCAAUCUUCUCAGGUGUCUUCUAUAUCGACUAUGAGACCAACACAUAACACAGGCUCUUUCUAUGAUCCUAUAUCGCCAGGCUGUUCGCGACGAUCAAGCCAACUUUCAAGUAUAACUUCUGGUGUUUUAGGCGGCUGCAGUAGUAAUUAUAAUGGUAAUGGUAACACUAAUGUGAACUCCAACAGCAAUAUCAAUAAUACUUUAAUCAUUGACAAUGGCCCUGCAAAGAACUUGAUGUUUAACAAUUCAACUGCCGCUACUGAUAAUUCCCUGUGCAAUAAUAUAAUGCAAUUGAACGGAAACAAUGGGAACAGCAACAGUUUGCCACCACCGCCAUCCUCGCAUUUGAUAUCAUCACGUUUGCGUCUUCACAGCAAAAAUUAUCAACAUAAAACUCCACCUCGCGACCGUGGUCGUAACUCCAUACCAAACCUUCUAUUUCCACAACUCAUUCAAGAGCAUUGUAAUUCAUGCUCAAUGUUGAAAUCUUCUCAAGGACAUUUACGGCGUCGUCAAUCUGAGCCUAUAAGGACAAAAAACAAUCAGUGUUCAUCCCCCCCACCGACUUACAUUCCAGUUGUUCCGUACGAAAUGCCCAGCAAAACUCCCGCAACUAAUGGCAUAGAAAUAGAAGGCAGUCCAAAUAAACUGAAAACAAUUAAUUGUGUUGUAGAAAAGCCUAUCGCUUCAUCUCGUGAACAUCAUCCAAACGAAAGAGUUAAUCUGGAUGAAGUUGAAGAAGAUGAACUUAUUGAGAAUAAAUUGGUAUUACCAGAUGAAAUGCUUAUAUAUCUUAAUCAAGUAGCCGAUAAACCAUAUCCAAGUCAGCAACAGGGACAAAGAAGCCAACAGCCAUUACAAACGAAACCAAAAGAAAUAGAAAGUGAUGUUGUGAAAGAAGCGUGCCCAUCAGCUUCUCCCGCCAUGUACCCAAAGAGGCCCGCUUUAACUUGCGUAUCACAAAACCAAACAACAAUGGGUCAAAUGAUGUCUCCUUCAUCUGAUUAUUGUGUGACGGCAAUGGGAAGUUCCAACCGAACCGCCAAUUAUGAUAUUUGUAGUCCUCAAGCACUUAAUCCAACGUACAACUACUAUCGCGCCAACUCACAAGUAGCAGAUCCUCACGAUAUGGAAUAUAACUGUUAUAACAAUUCAACAAAUGACAGGAUCCUAGCUAACCAAUUGCAUCAGCAACAGCAGCCGCAACAGCAAUGCGAACAUCAUUUGGCAAUUAACUACUUCCGCAUGGAGAAUUUGAAUAAUCAUUCUAGAGUACACAAUUCAAAUUUACCAGAACAGUAUCAGCACCAACAGCAUUCUCAAUUUCAACAACAGCAACUGCCACAACAAGAAAAUACAGCUAUUUGCGUCGAUUCAUCAAUGACCAGUUUACCAGAAACUAAAGAAGACAAUAUUCCAAAACCUUGCGCUGAGCAGAUUACAACACUUGGAGCUGUGAGUGUAAAUAAUAACAUAUUUUACCGAGUACCUAGCACUGAGCGACAGUUUCAGCAACAACAGCAAAUGCAGCAUCUUCAAGAGCCAGCUUUAGCAUUAUUGAGUGAUCCAGUCAGCAAAUUAGCUGUUGCCGAAAUUCAGUGCGGCGAUAUCAGCCAAUCCCAAAUGUCACCCAUAUUGGAAUCACGGCAACAAAACCCACCAACUAAAGUUAUAAUGGCAGCAAACACUACAACACAAACGGCUGUUACCACCACUAUGACCAUGCAAUCAAUAUUGACCAAUCAAACCCAGGUAGGCCCAGCAGUCGGACAUUUCAUAAACAACUUUCCAAGAACAACAAUAACAACAGUAGCAGCAUCCACUACUGAAUUGCGUGGAAAUAGUAGAAAUAAUGGACAAAAUGUGCCCUAUAUUCCAAACGACACAUCGAUCGCUAAUGGCGGCAUGCGUUUCGAUACAUACCAACGCACACUUGAAUAUGUGCAGAAUUGUCAAAACUGGUUACAUACUAACGAUUCCAGCACACAUUGCAAUAACAAUCAGGACAAUGAAAGGCCCGAUUACGAGCAAAACGCCCAGCAAGCUGUUAGCAGUUCAACACAUCCCAGCAAUAAUAUGAUAAUCAACGACAUGACCACGUCGUUGAGCUCGCUACUUGAAGAGAACAGAUAUUUUCAACUCUUGCAAUGAGUAUGAAAUAUAUACAUAUAUAUACACACUCUUACUUAUUAAAUUGGCCACUAUAAGUGCGUAUAAAUCUUAGAAAGUUCAAACAUAAGGCAAAAAGUAAAUUUUUAUUUUUUCCUAAUAUUAUUUUCAUGUGUUAUGUCAAAACAAAAGUGAAAUAUGUGACAGGGUUUUCUGUGGAAUAUGAAAUCCGGUCGGCCUCUCAUGUAAUUAAUGUCCUUCUUUACCAUGCUAAAUAGUCAUGUGUAUACUUGUAUUCAUUAAUUAUUUUGAAAAUUUAAUCUUUGUUUUUGUUACCACGUUCGCUCUCUUAAUAUGCUCUAGGGUUGUAAGAGCAUAAUAAAAACCUAUAACUAGUUUCGGUUUGUAUUUACACAAUAUA